AUGAAGGAAAAUGCAGCUUUGUGUGAUCAGGUUGCACAAACGCAGGAGAACCUCGUAGUCGUUAAAGAAGAGAGGCUAUUUCUAUUGAGAAAGUUAUUGCAACAGCAAGGCGAAGUUGAUGCAAGUUCAGUAUUACUAAGAUCACAAAUCAAUAAUAAUUCAUCAUCUGUAAGCUCUGAUGGUAUAACACCUAAAAAGAGUUUGAAAAAACGGAAUUCAACUGAUGUUUCAGACGGAAAAAGCAAACCAAAACGGUACAGUAAAGCAACUCGAAAAGUAGUACAAUUAAUACCAUUGGACGUCCAUGGAAGGCCAAUAUUUCCUAUAAGUUUAGGAGAUCUUACUGUUUAUUCUUUAGGCGAAGUUGUUUCAGAUCGACUCACUUAUCAUUCAGAAGAUGUAAUUUAUCCCGUGGGUUAUUGUAGCACUAGAGUUUUUGCUAGUUUAAGGGACGCGCGGAUCAAAAGUUUGUACACUUGCAAAAUAUUAGAUGGUGGUCCGAAACCGAGAUUCGAAAUUGCUUCUGACAAUGAUCUCGAUCAGCCGCUGGUGGGUUCCAGCCCUGACGAGUGUCAUUCUCGUUUACUAACAGCGAUUUCUUCCGCCUUGUGCUCACUUCCAUCAAAGGGUGCAGAUUUCUUUGGAAUUUCACAUCCUACCAUACAAAAUCUCAUACAAAGUUCGCCAGGAACACGUAAACUCGCUAUGUAUAAACCGCAGCGUUUCGAGGUGAGCAAAAAUCAAAUGGCUGAAAUGGGAGUUACUCCGAUUGUUGAAGAAGAAACAGAUCCGAGUCUCGGAUUUGCUGCAUUGCACCGACAUUUUGCUCUUGCUAGUAGCUACAGAAUCAAAGAAGAACCUAACGAACAAGACUUUUUAGCUUUGCAAGAACUUCUCGCAUGAUCUCUAGUCUGUUUAGUAUUAAUGCAGUUUAUACUUGUAUCAUAAGAUUCUCGUCUGUUUUAUAUGUAAUAAUAAGAAACUUUGAAACAAUGGAAUAGAAAAUUUUUAGUUGCCACAAAUAGGAACGGUAGAAACUUGUAAAUAUAUGCAAAUUUUAAAGCAUUUCUAAGUUCAUAAAUCUUAAAAAUCACGGUUAGCCUCGUUUGAGGGUCUGGUAUGCAUUAAGACUAUUGUAAGACCAGAAAUAAAAGAUUGAUAAACCCAUGUU